GCUCGCAGUGCAGCAACGAAGCGUAGGCAGCGUAAAAAAAAGCGAAUACAGAAGCAAGGAGUGCUAACAAAGGGAGCUGGAGAGGAUCUACUUGCUCAGCGUGAGGCUGAUCAGCAGAUUGCUCAUGAAGAGCGUCAAGGAGGAGAGCGAUCAGGUGCUAGUCGCCAGGCUCUUGCGCGCUGUAGUAGGUGUAGAGAGACUGGCCAUAAUGCGCGUACAUGCAAGAAAGAUACUAUAGGUACUACUUAAUCUACUAUCUUAAUACAUAUCAAGAUAGUUACAUUGUGGUGGCACUAUACGCUUAUAGAGGUGCGUAGGUUUGGUGGGUGCGCGACUCGCUUGCCUGCGCGACUCGCUUAUCCAUCACGUUA